UCUCUGUGUCGCCUGUUGAUGACGCACCGGAUACCGUGUCACCAGCAAGUUGAGCAGCUUGUUCUCUUCAGCCGUCAGCCAGCCUGGCUCAGCUGCUGCCACCUGCGGCUCUCCGCUGCUCUUGUUGGGGGUAGGAAAGGCAGAACGCCGGAGAGCUCCGUGGUUCUCUGUAGAGUUGGAGUCUGUGAGCUUGUCGCACUUUGAGAAGUUUUUUCCUGGUGGAACCUGACAACAGUGCGUCUCCUGCCCUGGUAGCAGACCGCGGGAAAAUGUCGUUACUUCCUGUCUAAUGAAGUGUUGGCGCGACUUUGGUCUUGGAAAUAUCAACAAGGCAAAGUGGAAAACUCAGGUUCUCACCAAGAAGCAGAGCAGAUUGAAAGAAUGGAAACAUUUGAUGCCUCUGACUCGGUGGACCCCGGGCUUGAUGAAGACUCUGUGGAUAUCUAUGAAGGCCUGGAUGCUGCUGGGGUUGGCAGCAACACUGAAAAGUGGCCUUCUGUUGGUUCUGGGCUGAAAGACUCACUGGAUCUUUAUGAGGAUAUAGUGGCUGAGGAACAGAACAACAGGGAGACAUCAUACACCGAGUUAAAAUGCAGAUUUGAAGCAGCCCAACAUCAAAUCAAAGAGUUGCACAGAAGACUACAGCAGAUGGAAACACAGAAUACUGGGUUGAGCAGUGAGAACAAUCGUCUUAAGAAGAACAUCUCUGCACUUUUACGAACAGCAAGGCAAGAAAUUGUUCGGAAAGAUGCUGAGAUCAAGCAGCUGACUCAGCAGGUCCAAAGAUUUCAUCAUCAUCAUCAGCCUCGGAUAAAACAAGCCCAGGAUUCACCUUCAUCUUUUCAAGCCUCCUCCAGCUGUUCCUCAACAAGAACACUUUCACCACCUUCUUCUCGUCCUCUUGUUCUUCCUCCUCCUCCUAAUCCUCCUCCUCAUUUUGCUCCUCCUAUUAGUUCCCAGUUUGAGGAGGAGCCUCCUCCAGCAGAUGCUCCUCAACCUACCUCAAAGGAAACUUGUCAUUUCAGCAGAUCCAUGAAGUCCUCAACUCAUAAUUGCUCAAAAAGACAUGAAACAGCUGAAAAACUGCCUGGAGUAGACGGGUGCACUUCCAGAGAUAGAGAGGUCAAAGGUCAAAGUUAUAAACUGUCUGAAUCAGCAGAAAGGAGGCUUAGAGACUGUUCCCAUCAUAACAAGGAGUCUGAGCAAAAGCAAGCUUACAAAGAAGACAAAGACACUAGAAAGGGGUUUGACUCCCAGUCUCACAAAAAUAAGAAAUACCAAAAUGUUGGGAGACACUGCCGAUCAGACGGAGCUAAAACUUCUUCACAAGAACAUUUUCACUCUGCAGCUUCCUCUGAACACAGAAGAGAAGGCAGGAAAAUUCAGAGAACAGAUAAAGCCAGCUCCAUAGAGCAUGCUAAAGUUUCUGGUCAGCAGUCGGUAGGGAGCUGCAGCUCAGAGUCCAGAAAAAUCCCCAGAUGUCACAAAUAUGAUAAUUGGUCCAGUCCAAAGAACAAGAGAAGCUCCUCUCCAAAUCAGUCCACAAAACGCUGCGGUGAUGGCAGUAGAGAACGGGAAAGGAGCAGACAGAGAGACCGUCAGAGAAGUGUGGACAGAAGGUGUGAGGAUGAAAUCAGGAGCAGGCAUCACAGAAGAAGCAGUCAGAAAGAGAGCAGCAGAGACUGGGAGAAACACAGAGAUAAACUGACGGGGAGGGCUGAUGAAUCCAAGGAAGGACGACGGGAAACGAAACCUAGAGAUGUGAAAAGAUCCUCUGAAGAACCCAGCCCAGAAGCAAAUACUUCUAUAAACGACAACUCAAACAGGAAGUUGUGUUUUAUGGAAACACUGAAUCUAACUCUUUCACCAAUCAAAAAGUACACGGCGCCCAGAGAUAGCAGCCUAGAGGAACCGCUAAGACUAGAGGGUGAUGUUGAUGAAAACUCCCAGCCUAACCUAGACAACAUGUGUGUCAUUGAUGAGGUAGAUGGGGGUGAGCUAGGAUCAGAACCAGGACCAGGACAUGCUGCAGAGCAAGCCUUGGAGGAGUUCAAAGCGCCACUUAACCAGACGUCCAACAUGGAAGAUGGCAACAAUGGAGGUGAAUCUCAAGGGAGACCCCUGGCUGCCCUCAUUAGCUCCCUCUGGAGGCCACCCCAGGGUCCAGCAGACACAACCAAAGACUUGAAACAUCCCGAGGAACUGCUGGAGCUGAUCUCCAACAGCUGGAUAACUGAAAGAGGUCAGCUGGAGGUCACAAAGAGCUCCCAGCCCAACAACACACCUCCACAAAUCCUGGCGCAACAUAGUAGCUCUGAAGCACUGACCUCUGAGGUUCAUCAAGCUGCAGCUGCAGCUGAACAUGAACAUACAGCUGCUGAUGAACAUGCUGCAGCUGAACAUGAACAUACAGCUGCUGAUGAACAUGCUGCAGCUGAACAUGAACAUACAGCUGCUGAUGAACAUGCUGCAGCUGAACAUGAACAUGCUGCAGCUGAUUCGGGUGAAGCUCCUGCUCCAGCUAGGCUCUCCCAGAGUACAGUCAGUGAAGCUGCAGCUUCAGCUCAGCCAGACGACACACACGGUACUGAAGAGGUAUAUGAGGAAGCCAGACUCAGAGAUGGGUGGGGUCACCAGGCUGCAUCCCCUGGUACCAGCCAACCGUCUUCUACCAGUGUUACCAUGGACAACCAUCCUAUUGGCCAACCACAAAGCUCUAAAGACUUGGAUUCAGUGUCUAGCACUAUCUGUCUGACCUCACUUCCUCAGAAGGGGCUGAGUCUGACCGAGGAUAUUUGUGCGAUGACCCAGAUAGACACAGACCCCAGGACCUCCAGCCCCCAGCCUAGCUCCUCUGUAGACUGCAUUGGGGUAUCCAAGGUCAGCAGUACCACAGAGGAGCUCAGCCCCGCUACAAUUACCCCUAAGAAGUUUUGCAGCCAGGACUGUAAAAAAGAGCUGUCCAGUUUUGUGGUCCUGUCUCAUGAUGAAGACUCCAUGAUGCACACCCUGAGCAACCUGAAGAGGAUUCCUGAGGUCAUCAGCCCCCUGAGGAGCCCGGCACAGACAGCCAAGAGAGGUGUCCUCCAUGUCCACAGCAAGCUGGGACAUGUGAAGAGUCUUCAGAAAGAUUUUUUCACCUCUGCUGCUGAGACCAACUUGAUGAAGUUGGAUGUUAAUAAGGAGAACAAAUAUCCAGGUUCUCCUGCUAACCGAGGAGCACAGGACAUGGUGAACAUGGAGUCGGAGCAGAUUUCAAGUCCUUUUGACACCGAACUGGAAGAAGGAGAAAUUUUAAGCGAGAGUGAUGAGGCGACUUCUAGUUCUCCUGUUCCUGCCACCAAGAGGGCAAAGUUAAUGGAACCAGUCAGGAAUAAACCCAGCCUCCAGUCAUCUUCAAGAAAAAAAUCUGAAGAACGGCGGGUUGCUUCUAAAGAACCUCUUGAUUCAGCUGCUGUCUCAACGCAAAGUCCCAGGAGUCGUUUUAAAACCGUUUGCCCAUCAGCAAGCAAAGCAUCUUUUUCGACUGUAGAGGAAAUAAUGGAAACAUUCAAGAUGGUUCGCACGGAGAUGCGGAAAAAAUACAUGAAGCUUCAUAAAACCUUUCCUAAAAAAAGCUUUUGGGGUGUGAUGGAUAAUUUCCAGAAGUCUUUUUUAGAGUUUGUGGAUGGUGCUCACUUUGGCCAGAUAUGCAGGGAUGCCGAGGAGCUGAAGUCCAAGCUGAGGAAACUAAUUACGUCUGUGUUUAGCAAAGUGCUUAAUAAUGGCAUAGUGAAACGCAUUUUUGAACAGCAAGCAGUCAAUCUAAAGCAAAAGUUGUGGGACUUUGUAGAUGUCCAAGUGGACUACUUGCUCAUGGACAUCCAGACAACACUGAAGAGUCUCUGCCAAGCUGUCUGGACUCCCACUGAAGACAAGAGGCCCGGUGGACAGGGGACCAAGCCUCAGCAGGCUCCAGUGAAGAAGCCGCUGUGUAAACAGAACAAGUCCCACCCCCCCAACCCCAGCCUGGGCCAGACCAAGUCAUGUGCAGUAGUCCCUUACAGAACCGGACUAGGCAGCAGAGGUAAAGACAUCCGUAUGUCAUACACAGAAAAAGAUGGCGCCACUCAUAUACAUCCUCCAGGACGCAUAAACACACAAACUACGGUCAACUUCCUGUCCGACAGCAACGCUGCCUCUUCUCCAGACAAAACUAAGAUGGUGAUCCCUCAGAACGGCUCUGUGAUCGAUAGAACAGACUUUGAGCUGCUUACUGAGCAACAAGCGUCCAGUUUGACAUUCAAUUUGGUCAGAGACUCUCAGAUGGGAGAAAUAUUCAAGUGUCUUCUCCAAGGAUCAGACUUGUUAGAAAGCACAGGGAUGUGUGGAGACAACACUGCCUGGGCUGUUGGGACCCCAAGGAAGGAUGGAGAGAGAUUUCUCAACUUUGCCACACCAUCAAAGGUCCUCUCGCCAUCCAAGUCUGAUACUUCAGCUAGACUCAUUGCUACCUGGUCCAGUAUUUCACCCAGACAGAGGUCAUCCCCAUGCACCAAAACCCCCAUACCCCUCCACCCAGCCUUGUUUGAUGAAAGUUGCCUCCUGGAGGUUCCGUCUGGAAACAGAGCGCUGCUGCAGGGCAGCUUGGCAGCAGAGAAAUACUCCAUUUUAGCUGAAGAUCUGGCUGUCUCCCUGACGAUUCCAUCUCCUCUUAAAUCUGACAGCCAUCUCAGCUUCCUCCAGCCAGCAGGCGUUGGGAUCCAUGUGGUAUCCACCCCAGACAGCGUUAUCAGCGCACACAUAAGUGAGGAUGCUCUGCUGGAUGGGGAAGACGCUACAGAGCAGGAUAUCCACCUGGCCCUGGACAACUCCAGCUGCAGCUCCAGAGACAGCACCGCCUCCCAAACGCCUGGGAGCACUCUGUUCUUCAAGCCUGACGUUCCUAUGCAGGCACUGGUGAUGGAGAAGUCCAAUGAUCACUUCAUCGUAAAGAUUCGACAGAUGAAUGUGUCUGCAGAAGGCACACUAAUUGCUGGAGAGCCAUUUAGCCAAACACUGAUAGAAAAGAAUCAGCAACACGAAGAAGAUGAUGCCCAGGAACGUCUGAAGGUUGCUGGUCAGACAGAGAAAAAGCUCUGUGUCACUGGAAACCCAACCUCUGGAUCACACACCCAAGGACAGAGACAGACUCCAGGAAUCAAUCCAUCCAACCCAAGACAAGACACUUCUACCCAGUCUGGGAAAACCACUCGUGAAACGGAUCCAUCAGAUCCUAGUUCAAACACCAGUUCACCAACUUUCCACAGUUCACUAGUCCCAGAUCCCAGUAGGACACAGCUCCAAGUAGAGGCAACUCCACCCAAAUUAUUCCCACUCCAGUCCCAGAAGCAAACCAGUCCCCCCAGUGUCACUUUAAGCCCAAACAUUACAGCAUCAAAGACACUGUUCUAUGACUCGGGCAGAGAGGAGACCACGGUGUCUGAGUCAGAAAAGAGUCUCACCAUCGACACAAGCAGCUCAUCAGAGAAAACCUCCAGGGACUGUGAACAGCUCCGGAAACGGAAAAGACGGCAGGAGAAGCUGAAAGCCAAAAGAUGUAAAAAUGAGGACAAGAGUCUGCAGGAGGUUUCUCCAUCCAGGAAGAAUGACGAGGAGUUGAAACCUUCCCCAGCAGCUCUGUCCCCAAGCAGCCUGUCUGCCAAGAACAUCAUCAGGAAGAAGGGCGAGGUGGUGAUGGCAUGGACCAGAGAUGAAGAUAGAGCCAUUCUGAUGUUCCUGAAGACCAAAAGAGCUUCACGGGAAACGUUCUCCACACUGUCUGAGAAACUAAACAAGCCGUCAGGCCAGAUUGCUCACAGGUUUUACCAGCUCAUGAAGCUUUUUAAGAAGCAGGGGAAGAUGGACAUGUGAUUGUCCCAGUCUAUGGACAUGGAGGGAGAUCUCACCCACCUCAAUACAAUUGAACUCUAAAUGGAAAGUUCUGGAGAGUCCUGAAGAGUUGGUUCAACACUAAUGCUACGGUCCAUGGACUUCAUUUUCAAACGAAGCAUAAUCGCUUCUUAUUGAGGGAUUUUUUUCUCUGUUGAGCUGAUUCACGGCUAAUUAAAACAGAAAGCUAAAGGAUGUCUGAUUUUUUGAUUCACUGUCUGGAAAUGGUUUUACUUUUGUGUUCAUUUUUAACCAACUGAGACAGUUUUUUGUUUUAAGCUCCUCUUACUGAAAAUCCAUGACAUUAUAUGCAUAUUCCUUUUUCAGUAUCAAUUUGUACAGUAAUCAAAAACAUCUCAGGAGUAUGUUUUCUAACUGACAGCUGGAAAAUGUCCGUCUUCAGACUUGAAGUUAGUUUCCAGCUCAGGAAAGUUCCAUGCUUUCCUGUUAGUGGAUCCCCUCUGGAAACUUGAAGGAUCACUCAGCAAUAACUCAUCUGCUGUCAAACAGAUGGAUAUGGUCAUUAUUGCAAACAAUCUUUGUGUGAUGCUGGUCAACUGGCAUUGGUGUUUCUAAUGAAAAUGUUUACAUGUCCAAUCAAGGCAGCAGAGAAGUAUUAAAUGACUCAGAUCAGCAGACUGUUCACACUGUCUGUGCCUUGGUGGAAUCUAGUUGAAAUCAUCUGAUUAUAUAAAUCAAAAUAGAAUGCAUUAUUAUUCUUCAUGCUGUACAUGUCUUUUUCUGAAAAUAAAGUUUUAUUUAUUUA